AUGGUAUUGCAGAGGUUCAAGGAGCACUAUUUGUAUGCUAAAAUUGAGAAAUGUGAGUUCUGGCAACCGGAGGUAAUAUUCCUUAGACAUAUUGUGAGUGUAGAUGGGAUUAAGGUAGAUUCGGCCAAGAUAGAAGUAGUUAGGGAUUGGCCGAGGCAAUGGAAAGCCUCAAAAGUUAGGAGUUACCUUGGGUUAGCGGGUUAUUACAGACAUUUCAUUGAUGACUUUUUGAAGAUUGCCACACCAUUGACUGAGUUGAUGCGGAAGAAUCUGUGGUUUACAUGGUCAGACAAAUGUGAGGGCAGUUUCCAGGAACUGAAGCGACAAUUGGUUACUGCUUCGGUGCUGAAUCUUCCUUCAAAUGGGGACAAGUUUUUGGUGUAUUGA